CUAAUAUUGAAAUUUCAACGAUUUUGAAUUAUUUCUCACUCUUUGAAAUUAUCAAGCAACUGUUUCUUAUGCAAAUGGCCGAUAUUGCUAAACAGCGAGAACAACCUCCACGUGCAAUGAGCACCACGUCGGGUUCUGAUGUUCUGAAGAGUACAACAACGGGCACUACUACCGGCACCACGAAAAGCUCGGUCCACACCUCGGAUACGAACUAUGGAGUUGGCUCGUUGCGCUCUGAUUGUAGUGAGGAAGGAUUCGGAUCCAAUCUGACACCUGAAGAAGCCAAUUGGCUCAAUAUGGCUCGAGUGUUCACCAAAGCCGAGAAGCCAUUCAAGGAGCAAAAGACGUUCCGCGUGGCUCGGAAGUUGAGAACGUGGCGGCCACGACGUAGUGUUACUUGGAGUUUUCUCCGCAGAUUGUACAACGGUAGAGAGGAUAUGAAGGAAGAUUUGAUCCGCGACCUCGCCGAUUUGGAAAUUGAAGAUAAACCUGUUUAAUGUUCAUUUUCAAUAAAUAACUUGAACUGUUUCCAA